AUGCUGUCACGGCUUGUCCUGGCGCCCCGUGUGGGCAUGGCCAGUCUGGCCCGACAGGCCGCCGCGCCCAGCCUGCGCACCCGCGCCGCCAUGGCUGGGCCCCCGACGCUUCUGUCCAGACCUUACUCGCAGAAGAAGAACAAGGACGGCAAGGCUGCCUCACAGGCCAAGGAUGCCGCUGCUCCUGGCGCAAAAAAGGGCUCGGCCGCAGGCGAGGAAGCGCACAAGUCGACUGAAGCUUCAUCAUCGCAGCAGCAGCCCCCCAGCGACGCUUCUGCUGAGGCUGCCGACUCCGCCAAGGAGUCUGGGCAAAUACCCUUUCACAAGCUUCCCGACCUGACGCAGGGCAUUCCCUCGACAUUUGCGCAGGAAAUGGCCGAAAAGGCAGGCCAGAAGCCCUCAUCGUAUCUGCAGACGAUCGAACAAGAAGAGAACUCGGCCUCCCGCGAGAAGCGCGACCCCUACGACUCGUACGAGUCCACGCACCAGCUCAACCGCCGAAAAUACACAAGAUUCGCGCUGGCUCUGGCCGCCAUCGGAGGCACCUCUACCUUGGUCUACAUGGGCCGAAAUUGGGAAGACUCGAUCGACAUCGACCGCCACCCCGAUGCACCCAACGGCUGGGGCGUCGGUCUGUGGUGGAACAGAGUCAAGGCCCGCACCACCGAGUCCGUCACAUACUACCAGGAGCCCGCGUUCGACAAGCUGCUCCCCGACCCUCAGCCGUACUUUGCGCGCCCGUACACGCUGUGCCUGAGCCUGGACGAGCUCCUCGUCCACAGCGAAUGGUCGCGCGAGUACGGCUGGCGCGUCGCCAAGCGCCCCGGCCUCGACUACUUCCUCCUCUACCUCUCCCAGUACUACGAGCUGGUCCUCUUCACCACCGCCUCAAGCGUCAUGGCCGAGGGCGUGCUGCAGAAGCUGGACCCCCACCACAUCGUCAUGUGGCGCCUCUACCGCGAGGCCACCAAGUUUGAGGACGGCGAGAUCGUCAAGGACCUCUCCUACCUGAACCGCGACCUGUCCAAGGUCAUCAUGAUCGACACCGACGCCAAGCUCGUGCGCAAGCAGCCCGAAAACGCCAUCGUCGUCCCCCCUUGGAAGGGCAACUCGGACGACCGCGGCCUCGUCAACCUGAUUCCCUUCCUCGAGUACAUCCACACCAUGGAGUACGACGACGUCCGCCGCGUCAUCAAAUCCUUUGAGGGCAAGGACAUCCCCAAGGAGUUUGCCCGCCGCGAGGCCCUCAUGCGCCGUGAGUUCGAGAAGCGCCACAAGGCCGAGCGCAAGCCCAAGGUCUCCGCCAUGGGCGGCCUCGGCAGCGUCCUCGGCCUCAAGUCGAGCAACAUGAGCAUGAUGCAGGCCGAGGGCGAGCAGAGCGCCAGCGAGGCCUUCGCCCAGGGCAAGAUGCUCCAGGACAUUGCGCGCGAGCGCGGCCAGCGCAACUACGAGUUUAUGGCGCAGAACAUUCGCGAAAACGGCGAGAAGUGGCUCCAGGAGGAGAAGGAAAUGAUGGAGAAGAUGCAGCAGGAGGCCAUGAGCAACAUGAUGGGCUCAUUUGGCGGCAUUUUUGGCGUUUCCAAGCCUGCUGAGGGCGCCGCUGCCGCUGGUCCUGAUGCCAAGAAAUAA